AUGUGCCUUUUAUGCAACAAAGUUUUGGGCAAUGACGCUAUGAAACCUUUUAAACUGCAAGAUCAUCUGAGAAGAUGCCACCCUGAUAAAACAGAGAAAGAUUUGAAAUACUUUCAAACACUCAAAGAUAAAUUUCAGAAGAGACCUACACUGGACAGAAUGUUCGCUUCGACGUCACAAAGAAAUAAUGAUGCCGUUGAAGAGGUUUUAAAAACUGUUUUACACAAACCUGCAUCUGAUAUUAUUAAAAGAAUUUCCUUAAGCAACAAUACUGUUGAAAUACGUUUUGACGAAAUGAGUUUUGAUAUUGAAAGCUUCUUAUGUAAUUAUUUGCAAACGACCCAUUUCUCUAUACAACUGGACGAGUCAACUUUACCUGAUAAAGCAGCAUUAUUAUUGGCAUAUCUUCGUUUUAUUAUGAAUCAAGAAAUCUACGAAGAACUGCUCUUCGCAAGAACUUUGAUAACCGACACCAAAGGUGAAUCAAUAUUUCAUGUUUUGAAGGAUUACUUCAUUGAAAAAGCAAUUCCUUUAUCAAAUAUAAUACCAGUAGCUACAGAUGGAGCACCUGCCAUGGUUGGACGUUAUCGUGGACUUAUAAGCUAUUUACAACAAAAUGUGUCAGGGGUGUUAGCAAUACAUUGCGUCAUCCAUCGACAAUAUUUAGUUGCUAAAAAUUUGGGUGUUAGAUUGCAUGAAACACUUCAUUUAGUCAUUGAUGCAGUAAACUGA